GCAAUGCGAUACAAACACCAAAUGUGAGAGUGUCCGUCUGUCGGUGAAGAUUCUUGUCAAUUACACUUGAAAAAUCCUGAAAAAAUAAAGAGAAUUGUGUUUUUAUCCAUCAACAACGUAAAUAUUCAACGAACAAACAAAUGAUCUAGCCACUUUAGUAGCGGAUUAAUUUCCUCAGAAAAUUUAAUUUAAUGUGAACUCCUUUCUGUUUGUGUGUGUGUACUACUCCUUAAUAUUUUUUUGGAACAUGUUGCCUGUAACAAUAUUUCGCCAGGUGGCUCGCCAGCGUUGCGGCCACAAAUAUCUUACCGAAAUGGCUGCUACUCAUGUCACCACAGCCCACAUGCCUCUCAACUCAGUUAUUAACUGUCUCAAUCGGCAUGCUGCUGCCACGGGCUUUAUACGCAUAUCCUUCUUGGAUGUUAAUCAAUAUCGCAAUUGGGAUGUUGCUACACUGAGAAUGUACGCUGAUCGUAAAAAGCAUUUAAUACAUAUGAGAACACUCAAGGGUAGAGAUAUGCUACAGGAUGUCUUGGACAAAAAACGAGAAUCAUUUAUUGAAAGGAAAAAUGUUAUUGCCGAAGAUAUUCGAGAUGCGAUUGACAAACAACGUGAAUCUUUUCUAGAACGUAAAAAUGUCAUCGCAGAGGAUAUAAGAGAGGCUCGUGAAUCCUUUAUUGAACGCAAGAAUGUUAUAACCGAAGAUAUCAGGGAAGCUCGCCACAAGGUUCAACAGCGUGUGCGAGAGAAAAUGGAGGAAGUCAUUGAGAGAGAAAAUAUCAUGACCAUACCAAAUAUGCUGACAAUGGGUCGCAUGUUUCUAUCUCCCUAUAUUGGCUAUGUCAUUGUGGAUGGUAAUUAUCAAAUGGCCAUAAGUCUGUUGGUGGUGGCUGGUAUAUCGGAUUUGCUUGAUGGACAAAUUGCUCGCCGAUGGCCCAGCCAGGCUAGCAAAGCAGGCUCCUUUUUAGAUCCUGCGGCCGAUAAGGUACUCAUGAGCUGUUUAGUCAUUUCCAUGGGCUAUUGUGAUUUACUGCCAUUGUGGUUGGCUGGUUUGAUAUUGUCACGUGAUGUAUUCCUUAUUGCUGCUGGAUUUAUUAUACGUUAUAUCAGUCUGCCACCACCUCGAACAUUCUCUCGUUAUUUUGAUGCCACCCAUGUAACUGCUCAAUUGGAACCCACUUUAAUAAGUAAGAUCAACACCGGUGUACAACUUUCCGCUGUUGGCAUAAGCUUGGGAGCUCCCAUAUGGGGCUAUUUGGAUCACACUGCCUUACAAGGACUGUGGUAUUUGACAGGAGCCACAACAAUAGCUGCCGCAUUAAGCUAUAUUCUAGAUAAGAACACUUUUAAGAUUAUCAGUCAAUCCGGCCGGAAAUCAUAAUCGUAAGCAAAAGCAAUAAAAACAUCAUAGAUGACAUAUCGAAAGCUUCCAAUGCAUAGACGCCUUAGCGAAUAGCCAGCCCUCAAGAGCAAGAAAUAAAGAAAACUAUAAAUGAUAGAGCAGCUGCUGAAAGUUAUUUUUUCUCGAUUGUUUAACCCUCAUUUAUUUUUUUAAGAUUUUAAUUUUAAGUUUUUUUUUUUUUUGUUUUGUUUUGCCAAAUCAAGAGACGAAAUGCUCCCUGAAGAACUGAAACUAUUUUUGUUAAAAUAAACAAAAAGAUUACAUAAUAAAGUUGAAAAAUUUGUUAAACUGUA